AUGGACAUUAGGGACUCGACUGGUUUUGCUGGAGUCCUCAUCAGUCCACCCAACUCACCCCUGCAGUACCCCUCCAACGGAGUCCCUGUAGAGCCCCUGAAGACAACUCACCUCCCAGGGUUGGCUGUGCAUGCCCGAGGAAGAACGGUUUUCAAGGUGUCCCUCCGGGCUUCCCACGGUGUCAUGGCCGUGCAGAGGGUUCCACAGGAGCAGGAAGUGAGAGGCCAGAAUCAGAGCACUCUGGACAUCAGUGCCACCAGCCUGGCACACCUUAAUGACCUGCUGGCCCAGGUGACCUACUGCAGCACGGUCUACCACUUACACAUGGACGACUGGGUCCACUUCUCUUUUGAGGACCACGAGGUCAUCUUCCCAGUCACAAUCAAGAGGUCUUCGAUUUCUGUUCUAUACGAUCCGGGCACAGACAUUAAUUCCCAGGUCACCAUAGUCAUCAAGACAUUCCUAAGAUAUAAAGAGUUGAGGCUAUUGAUUGAAAGUAUCAGGGUAAAAUACCCGGACAUCCGAAUCAUUAUCGCAGAUGACAGCAUAGAGCCAGAGAAAGUGGAGGGUCACAACAUUUACCAGUACAUCAUGCCUCCUGCUCAGGGCUGGUUUGCAGGUCGGAACCUGGCUGUCUCCCAGGUAACCAGCAAGUACUUCCUGUGGGUGGAUGAUGACUUUCUUUUCCUGAAGGAGACCAGCAUUGAGAAGUUUGUGGAGAUUAUGGAGGCAAUUCCAAAGCUGGAUGUGCUCGGAGGUACUGCUGGGUCAGUUCGUUUCUACUUCACCCUGGACCACCAGGUGGGUGCGGAGGGGGAGGGUGGCUGUCUGUCACGGCAGAAGAACCAGCACCACGGCCCGCUGCCCGGCUUUAAGGACUGUGUGCUUGUAGACAUUGUGGUCAACUUUUUCCUGGCCAGGACUGAUGCUGUGCGCAAGGUUGGAUUCGACCCAAAUCUGCAACGGGCAGCCCACCCUGAGUUCUUCACGGAUGGUCUUGGUCGUCUACUGGUGGCCUCCUGUGCAGAUCCUGGGCUGGUGAUUGGCCAUCCGAAUCGAGAGCGUACAGCCGAAUACAAGAAGUUUCGCCAUCACGGCAACGAUGACACCAGCGCCAGACUACGCCUGUAUUACUCUAAGAAUCAUCUGAAGUGUAUUGGUUAUUGAGCUGGGAAGGAUUUUUUUAAUCAGUGUCCUAUUGUAGGGUAUGUGUUUCUCAAACAACCAACCCGGCUUGCGUGAAACUAU